AUGGCCUUCUCAAUGGCCCUCCCCUGGUCCCCAGGCGAAGAAACAAUGCACCGCCUCCUCCGCGUGCCCGAGCAAGACAAUCCCACCUCCUCGAUGCUGACACCGCAAGCAGCUUUCAUGCUCCAGCGCGCCCCGCUGCUUGCUAUCGGCACGCUAGACGCUGAGCAGCGGCCCUGGACCACUAUCUGGGGCGGCGACCCUGGCUUUUCCAGAUCCCUAGGAGCGUCAAUCAUUGGCGUUAGGACUGCAGUGGAUGGGCGGUACGAUCCUGUUGUCGAGACGCUAGUUGGUGGGAAUGGAGAUGGGGAAGUUGUGAAGGAGACGGGGAGAGGGAGGAUGGUGGGGGGGUUGGCUAUUGACCUCACAACGAGGAAGAGGGUUAAGUUGUUUGGGAGGAUGGUGGCGGGGGCAUUGAGUAGAGUCGAUGGGGAGGGUGAUGGGGAUGGAAAGGGAGGCCAUGGGGAGAUUCAGCUGGUUGUUAGGAUCGAGCAGAGCUUAGGCAACUGUCCGAAAUACUUGAACAAGAAAGAAAUUCGCCCUGCAGAAUCGUCAUUAACGCCAGAACUCCUUGCUGAUGGGCCGACGUUGUCCCCGGCAGCUAUCGCCCUCCUAGCAAAAGCGGAUUUGUUCUUCGUCUCCAGCUCCAACUCUGACUUCGACAUGGACACCAACAACCGUGGAGGCCCGCCAGGGUUCGUCCGCGUUGUAUCCAAUGGGUCCGAAGCCGCUGAGCUCGUCUGGCCAGAGUACAGUGGCAAUCGGCUCUAUCAAACGCUCGGUAACCUCCAGAUCACCCCAAAGGCGGGCCUCGUCUUCUCGGACUUUGAGACCGGCGAUGUGCUGUACAUGACUGGUACAACCAAGAUCCUCGUCGGCAAAGAGGCGUCCGCCCUACUCCCACGCUCCAACCUGGCUGUAAAGCUUAAGAUCACCGAAGCGCGCUUCGUCCGGCAGGGCCUACCGUUCCGCGGCACAUUCGGCGAGCCAUCGCCUUACAAUCCUAACCUCCGGCUUCUAGUCAGCGAGGGCAACCUCAGAGCCAAAGCCUCGGACAGUCCAUCGAACACCGCCAAGUUACUCAAACAGACUCCAAUCACACCCACAAUCUCCCGCUUCCGCUUCGCAAUGACGAACCCAGUCCGCUACAAAGCCGGGCAGUGGGUAGCGCUAGACUUCUCAGAAGAGCUCGAUCUCGGAUACAGCCACAUGCGCGACGACGACCCGAGGAGCCUAAACGAUGACUUCGUGAGGACAUUCACUGUUUCGUCGCCGCCUGCAGCGCCGGAUGGUGUACCGCCGACGUCGGAAGAUGGAAUGCCGCCCGCUUACGACGGUAUGCCGCAUGACGAGUUCGAAAUCACCAUCCGGAAGGUCGGGCCUGUGACUGAGUUUCUGUUCCGGCAGAGUGACCGAUCGGGGUUGGAGGUGCCUCUGAGGGAUUUCGGCGGCGACUUUGCUAUUGAGCAACCAGGAGAGGACGGAGAGGUUGGGUAUGUGACUAGUGGAGUGGGCAUUACGCCAUUGCUUGCACAGAUCCCGGCAUUAGACUUGAGGCGGAUGCAGCUUCUGUGGACGGUGCGGAUGGAAGAUCUCAAGCUUGUUGUAGACACGAUCGAAAAGUAUCCUAGGCUGGGGCCUUCGGCAAGGGUUUUUGUGACGGGUUCGAGAGCGGAGGAUGAAAAUGGCUGGCGGAGCAUAGCCGAGUCCUUGAGGGGCGCCGGCGUGCGGCUGGAGCUACGGAGGCUCCUGAAAAGUGACCUGGAUAUACCGCAAGUGCAGACAUGGUAUGUUUGCGCCAGCAAAGCCCUGAGCUCAGUCAUCUUUCGGUGGCUGGAAGACCGUCGAGUCGUGUAUGAGAGUUUCGAUUACUAG